AUGUCUGCUCAAGCUCCUCACAACACUUUGCUCAUCCCGGGCCCCAUUGAAUUCGACGAUGCCGUACUGCAGUCGAUGGCCCACUAUGCUGAGAGCCAUGUGGCUCCCGGCUUCGUCAAGGUCUUCGGUGAGACCUUGACUCUGGUUCGCAAGCUGUUCCAGUCCACCAACCCCGCCGCACAGCCCUUUAUUAUCUCCGGAAGUGGUACUCUGGGCUGGGAUCUCGUCGCUGCCAACCUGAUUGAGAGGGGCGAGAACGCUUUGGUCCUGAACACUGGCUACUUUGGUGAUUCUUUCGGCCAAUGUUUGGAGACAUACGGCGCCCAGGUGACACAGCUGCGGGCACCCAUUGGCGACCGCCCCUCUCUGGAACAGAUCGAGCAGGCCUUGAAGGAGAAGCCCUACAAGCUUAUCACCAUCACUCACGUCGACACCUCCACCGGUGUUCUGAGCGAUGUCAAGGGCGUUGCCCAGCUUGUCCGCCGCGUCAGCCCAGAGACUCUUGUCAUCGUUGACGGUGUCUGCAGUGUCGGCUCGGAGGAAAUUGCCUUUGAUGAGUGGGACCUCGAUGCCGUUGUCACCGCUAGCCAGAAGGCCAUCGGCUGCCCUCCCGGUCUCAGCAUUGUCAUGACCUCCGGCCGCGCCAUCCAGCGCGCUACUACCCGCCAGACCCUGCCUGGUGCCUACUACGCCUCCAUCGCUAAUUGGCUCCCCAUUAUGCAGAACUACGAGAACAACAAGCCCUCGUACUUCGCCACCCCUCCUACCCAGCUCAUCCACGCCUUGCACACUACCCUCAGCCAGAUCACUGCUCGUCCCAUGGCUGAGCGCUUCGCUAUCCACACCAAGGUCUCCGACGCUGUCAAGGCUGCCGUCGCUGAGCUCGGUCUCCAGCAGCUGGCUCCUAACCCAGAUGCCCAGGCUCACGGCAUGACUGCCAUGUACCUGCCCGCUGGUCUCGCUCCCCCUGAUGUGCUCCCCGGUUUGCUGAAGCGCGGUGUCAUUUUCGCAGCUGGUCUGCACAAGGAGAUUGCUACCAGGUACAUUCGCUUUGGGCACAUGGGUGUCAGUGUGACUGAUGCCAACCGUGGGGACAUUGACAACGCCCUGGCGGCGCUGAAGGAGGCUCUUGCCGAGGCUAAGCAGGCUAAGGGACUGUAA